GCUAGAGAAACUUGUCACUCUAUUGGAACUCGAUGUUGCUCAAGGCAUGAGAAAUCAUUUUAGAUGUCAGAUUGCAAUCGCUUACGCUCUUAAGAAAAUAGGCAUGCUGCUCCGCUAUCUUGACGGUAUCUUAAAGGGACAAGGUACAAUCUCUCCAGAUGCUGACUUCCGGGCUUGGAUUAUGGAGAAGCUAAAUAUCGAGGAUUGGGAAGAUUACCUUCAUUUUGCCAAUGCUCGAGAAGGAGAUGUGCUGUUUACAGCAGCUGCCAAAGGGGUUGAGCUCGAGAAACAAAUAAUUACUCCCGAAACAAUCAGGGUUCAAGAUGAAGAUGGAUUUAAAAGCCGGCUCGAGGUGUAUCAUAAAGUACUAAAGGCUGCUCAUAACAUGCCGCUUAAAAAUAUAGAUUGUAUCGGUGGUGGUCAGACCGCGUGUAGUCUUAUUAAGGGAAUUACGCCCAAACUGAGAUAUAGACAUCUGGUGAACCCUAACGGCAACAUCAAGGAGGAAAACGAGAUGGUGAUCAUCAGACUAUGACCCGAGAAGUCAGUAGUGCCAAGCGGGCACGAGGAACCUCUGACUUGGACAUGACUACUAUGAAAAAGAAGAAAGGAGGUAAGCUCUGCUAUCUAGUAUGCAUGCUCUUUAAUAAGCUUUGGAUACCGUUUGGUGUUUGAUAACUACCCUUUAUCCUCUGAUGAGUAUGUCACGUCUUCUUAGAAGCUUAGCGAGGCGAUUUAUUGAUAGUCUGCAACCUAGGAGUGACUGUAACAUUUAUGCUGGGAGUAUGUACAAUGAAUGUUUCUUCUUCUCUCCAUAUGCUUUAAUUGUAUGACAAGUACUCCGUCUCCAAUCCAGUGACUUUACAUCUUCCAUCUCUGAUAAGUUCACUUUUAACUUUGUUUGAUUUAGCUAUGAAUGAUUUUUUUGACUUGAUCUUGUGUAUUUUAUGCUUGAUUUUGCUUAGGAGCUGUAGCAAGUGACGGAUAAGUAUGAAUCUUGUUCCGUAUAUCUCAAUGACAGCCUGGCUUAAAAACAUUACCAGUUUGAUCAUUUUACUUGCCUCCUGUCCCACUGAAAUGGUCAUUCAAGUUCAGUUCUGCUGCAAGUUAUGGGUGGAAACAUCAACAACAACAACCAAGCCUUUAUUCCCAAAAAAGUCCCAUGUCAAAGUAGCUCUAUAAGUUUCAUUUCAUAAGAGAGUGGCUAAAAUUCAGUUGUUGCCUCGCCACGCCUAUCACAAUCUAUCACUGUAUUAGAUGUCGCUCUCUUUCUUUUACUAAAAUGUACGAACAAGUAAUGUUUACUGCUUGCUGAGCUGGUGACAAAUAGAUGAACAAGCAAAGUUUAGUGCUGCUGAAUGUAAAUGAUUGUAGGCUACACAGAGUUUUUAUGUCUCUACACAGCAAAGUUUUUAUCCCAGUAUGGAGAAUGCGUUGGCAGCUUCAAUCCUUCCUGCACUCGCGAGAAAUUUGGAUUGCUGGGCAAGUGAGUGAAUCUCCAACUUUCUGUUCGAGGCCCACUUUACAUAUCUUGAAAUCUUAAAUGCAUUUUUUCCCUCUACGGCA